UCCUGUCUAUGGCUAGAGACGGACGCUCUCUGCCACAGCGGUCCGGCUAGCGGCUUAUUCAUUGAGCUAACACGAUUAUUUAUUAAAAAGUAACUCACACGAGGAUAAAACAAAAAGUUGACCGCUGCUGUGGUUAUUGUGGGGGGAAAAAAGCCGCCGAGGACACGCAAUAUACUGACCUGGUGCCACUGUGACUGAAGCCGAUCACAUCCUUUUAGUUGUUAGUUUUUUUUUUCCCCAAACGCUUCAGAGAUGUCGUUUCUGUUUGACUGGAUCUACAAAGGGUUCAGCGGCGUGCUGCAGUUUCUCGGCCUAUACAAAAAAUCUGGGAAGCUUGUGUUCCUGGGUUUGGAUAAUGCUGGAAAAACGACUUUACUCCACAUGCUGAAAGAUGACAGACUGGGACAACAUGUGCCUACACUACAUCCUACCUCAGAAGAGCUGACGAUUGCUGGAAUGACUUUUACCACAUUCGAUCUUGGUGGUCAUUUACAAGCCAGGAGAGUGUGGAAGAACUACCUCCCAGCUGUGAACGGAAUCGUCUUCCUCGUCGAUUGUGCGGAUUAUCAGCGGCUUUUGGAGUCCAAAGUUGAGCUCGAUGCCUUGCUGUCAGAUGAGACCAUAUCGAACGUGCCGAUCUUGGUGUUGGGAAAUAAAAUCGAUCGGAUGGAGGCAGUGAGUGAAGGCAAGCUACGGGAGCUCUUUGCUCUUAAUGGACAGACCACUGGAAAGGGAAUCGUGUCGUUGAAGGAGCUGAAUGCACGGCCAUUAGAGGUCUUCAUGUGCAGCGUGCUGAAAAAACAGGGCUACGGAGAUGGGUUCCGGUGGCUCUCGCAGUACAUCGACUGAGUUGACGGAGGUUUCUGCUUGAAAGGACUCCUACCUCUGAGCGACGAACGUUAAAAAGAGAGAGACUGAGACCGUGAUAAAGGACUAAGGAAGAACAUGUUGUAUUAGCAUGAGAAAUAGUUUUUAAAAACUAACAACCACACACACACACACACAUUCCUUUCACCUGGAACAUUCCACCCAAAUUCUCAUUUUAAGUUAUAUUCUCUGAAGACAUUUACAGUAUUAAAGUAUUUAACACUGCAUUUUGGGCCUGAUAGAUCUUCAUGUCACAUACUCUCUCUCUCACACACACACCAGUAGGCUGUACGUAAGGAUAAUGAUGGCACUGCUAGUACAUAUUACAGAUGAACCUCAUCCUAUUGAAUUAUUAAAAUGAUGAAAUACAAACUACAUCUCAACUACACCCACUGGUUCUGUAUUUAAUAAGAAACGAUAAUUCAUGUUUUGCAUUAAAACGUUCACAUUUCUGCUC